AUGGAUAAGAGUUGGAUUUCUAAUAACAAUAGAUUGUCUGCCAAGUACAAUAAGGGAUUGCAAAAAUUCAUUAGAUUAUCAAGUAGUCAUCUGAAUGAGGAGAAUAAGAUUCGGUGUCCAUGUGUUAUGUGUAUGAAUUUAUACUUUCAUGACUUACAGACAAUUGAGCGUCAUAUCUACGUAAAAGGGUUUUAUACUCGAUAUGUUAACUGGGUACAUCACGGGGAAGAUAUUUUAGAAGAAAGUGAACAUGAUAAUAAUGAUGCUACUGAUGUCGAAGAUUUCAGUGAUAUUGGCGAUAAUAAUAAUGACAUUGACCAUGAUGACAAUGAUGAUAUGAUCCCAGCAAUUGAAGACUUGGCUCAAGAAGUUCCUACACAUAAUGCUUCUGAGAAUUUUGAGGAUUCAAGUCAUAAGGAGAAAUGGAAAAACUUCCAUAACUUAUUUGAUGAAGUAGAAAAAGAAUUGUAUCCUGGAUGUACAAAGUUUUCAAGUUUGACUUUCAUGGUUAAGCUAAUGCAUAUAAAAGUAUUGACUAGCUUGAGUAUUAAAGGCUUCGACAUGAUUCUUGAGCUUCUUAAGGAUGCAUUUCCUGAUGAUAACAAAAUCCCAAAUUCUUAUUAUGAGGUUAAGAAAAUAUUGAGUGGUCUUGGUUUACAGUGCGAAACAAUAGAUGUAUGUAAGGAUGAUUGUUGUUUGUACUGGAAAAACAAUAAAGAUGCUACAAAUUGUCCUAUAUGUGGUCAUGAAAGAUAUGAGUACCAAGGAACUAAAGGAAAAAAAAUACCACAUAAAAAGAUGCAUUAUUUUCCAAUAACUCCCCGUUUACAACGACUUUUUAUGUCAAGACACACCGCAGCAGAUAUGAGGUGGCACAAAGAAAAACGUGUGGAUGCGAAGGUGUACUUAGACAUCCGAGAUGCGAGAGGCUUGGAAAGAUUUCGAUAA